GCGUAGCAGCCGAUUGGAUAGAGCUAGAACAGAACUAAAGAACUCCUCUCCCUCUUUCCACGCCCACUAACCCCAGCCGCAACCACCGCCCUAAUCGCAUCCUCCCCGCCGAUCCGCUCGCGACGGCAGCGGCUAGAUCCUCCCCGAUCGUCCCACGAUCCCGGCGAUACCUCUCUCGAGACCCUCCCCGCGCCUGGAGACGUCGAUCGGUGCGGUUCAUUUUGUGCGGCGGGAUCGGGUUUGUUUGGGUUUGGGUUUCGUUUUGGGACGGCGGCGGGAGAGGAGUGUGGAGGUGAAUCAGGCGAUCGAUCUGAGUAGGGGGGCCGCGAUUUCUGUGCUCGUUUCGGUUCCGAUCUGCUACUUGUUUGUAGAUCUGGGAGGUAACUAUCUGUAGAUCUUCUGCUGCUGUUGCUGACCUCUGAUUUAAUGCUGUGUUACUUUACGUUUUGGCGAUGAAAGGAGCGAAAUUUGCUCGUUCGUGUGAUUGUUUUCGCAUCAGAACUGGAUUUACUGUGAUUUUCCAGUAGUUGCUGAUUCAAAAUGGCAUGUUUUGAUGUGUAUUCGCGUUUGAUUUGCUUGUUACUAGGGCUUCGUGGGAUCUGCCGCUCGAGCUGCCGGAGUUGUACACUCGGUUCCGUCACCUUAGCCUGUGCCUCGGGUCAUGGCCGCUCUUGUCAUCUCGCAGCAGCGAAGCAACCAGCAGCAUCAUUCGUCCGGUCGCCGGAGGAAGCCAUCGUCUCACUUUGCGUCUCCCCAGUUCAUGCGUGGCUUCCAUGCUGUCAACUGCCGAGCCUUCCACUCCAGCGUCAGCAGUGGCAUCCUCCCAUCCCCGCCCCCACCCCCACCCCCACCCCCAGCGCGCACCUACUCCUCCCCUGAGCCGAAGACGCCCAAGUCGCAGCCACACCUUGGGAAGAAGCGCAGCAGGGCAAUAUCUAUAAGCCCUUCGACGCCUCCUCCCUCCCGGCCUGAGCUCUGGGCUGGCCCGGCUUUCUCUAACUCGCCGCCUCCCAGCUCACUGCCGAUACCCAAGUUCUCCCUCCACCAGAAGCGCAGUGUUUCACUCGACUUGCCAACUGCUAACCAACCAGAUGACGUGGAGAUGCCCUUGCAUGCUAAGUCAGCACCUUCGUCGCCAACUGCAGGCUCAGGUGUCAGCUUAUUUAGUGACAGUGAGACUGCUAUUGCAACGGAGAAUCUGAGGAGAAUCCUCCAUCUGAAAAUCGCUGAUCACUGAAUGACAGAUGGGCAGGUCCUUGUACAUAGGCAAUCUGCAACUAACCUUGGUAGUUUGUAUAGAGUAAUGAAGAACGGCCAUCUUUUACCUGGAUGGUGGUUCUGCAUAAUGCAUCAACAGGAGGCACCGCAGGUGGGUGAAGCACAUCAAGUAUGCAUGGCAGUUAAACUGCAGUGAAUGACUUGGUGGUGACACUGCUGGUUGGCUGGAUGAGAGCACAGCAGUUUCUGAGUAGCCUGUGGUGACCUAAAUGUUCCUAAUGUUCUUUCAACCUUUUAGGUAUUCCUUUAGGUUUUAGAUCACCAUUUGCAUUCAUGGUCUCACAUCAUUAACCUUUAGUCAGAGUUUAUCCUUGUUCCUGGUGGUUCAUGCUCGGCAGGGUAUGUUAGUGUCUUAGUACUGUUCAAAUCCAUGUGGAAUAACUGUAGGAUAGCAAUUAUCUUAUUUUACCUGCAUUCUGCCUCACCUUGUAGACAUUCCUUACAUCCAGUGACUCACUAGUCUUACCUGCUUCUGGUGUUCUGCAAAGAAACUACGAUCUCUUGGUGCUCUCUUCUGUUUUUUGGAAGGAAGAAGCACAGUGGGAUUUCAUGGAGCUCCAAUCUCUAAUGCUCUUGCUCCCAUGUCCCAUCUGACUCUACUAAUUUUAUCCAUGCACCUUUUUGUAUUCUGUAGUUUGUUGCAUAUCUUCCAUGUGAGAUCCCUACCAUCUUCCUUUCAUGCCUUCACCACUAGAGUUGUAUCUAGUAGUGGUAUGCCUUUUUUCGGGCACCAUCAAUAAUUCCUAGUCCUGUUUAUGUUCACAAAAUGUAUUUGGGAUUCUACUGCUCUAUAUGACGGAUAAAGAAUGGCAGACUUCAGAGACCUCUGAGCAUGCAGACCUGAAUAUGGUUUGCUUAUACCAGCAUGCUUCCCGUUGUUCACCUGGAGCUAUUUAGCCACCAUCAAGUUUGAAUAAUCGUCGCAGUCAACAGUCAGCACUCAUAUAUGCUAGAAUGUCAAUUCAGUGUAAUGCCUGCUUGGCUGGCUAGUCGUAUCUGGUACUGUUUUGCUAUAACAUUUUGUCGGUGUCAUAAAACUUUUGCUUGGCGUCUGUUUGGCUGGCAGACGUUGCCUUUUCCUUAUCAGCUUGCUUGGUAGUUAAAAGUAGACUUAUGUUCCACUUGUCUUAAAAAAAAGUUUCUAUGAUAUAUUUGGAGUUAGUGUUGUAGCACGUAA